AUUGUUAUUAUAGGCCACAGAAAACCCUACUCCCCUGAAUUGGUUUAGUCCGAUCUGACAUGACACCAUCAACAUCCUAAGACAUUAAAUUGAUAGAGAUGCGUUUUGAAAUCUUAAUUUACAUCUGUAACGAUAGUCUUUGAUUUAUUUUAUGAUCAACGUGUAUGGUCAUCCUAUAUGAUUUUCGCCGCGUCAUAGGACCUUUGCGUUUUCAGGAACUGUGAAUAUUAUUUAAGAAUUUCAAUCACUCACGGGCGUAAGUUAGCUAACGAGCUAGUUGUUUUUAUUUAUAAUUGAGGGGCGGUGUAAUUUCAAAAACGGCUGUUUUGAAUAUUGUAAACGAAGAAAUUAUUCAUCAUUGGAAUGCCCUGCUGAUCAUGGGAUUGAUAUGGCUUCCUAUUUUGGCAAAUUUCGAUGAAUGGACCAUCCAUUUCAUGAGUUAGCAAUGCUAUUGGAGGUCAGUGCGAUAAAUACAAACGACUUCACUACAAGGUUAGCUUGUUAGCUAGCUCUUCAUCCUCUACACCUACAAAUUGGUUUAUCCCUAGCAAGUAACGUUAACGUUACACUAUGCAAGAUGGUUCAAGGCCUCUGCAUCCCGGUGUUUUUCAGUUAACAAGGUGAGGUGACUGUCAUCAUGACAUCGUGACUCCUCUCCCAGGUGUGAAAAGGUUGGAAUUACAGUUAUUCAUCCUUUUCAGACCGACAACGGUGUCAAGGGACAACUGCCCCUCCCACCAACCCCUCCCCAUUAUCUCCCAUCUUCCACCUCACCAUGUCAUGAUCCCGUGCAGAACCCAAGCGUUGCGCAAACAGUCUGGACCGCAACACCAGCCAAAGGAUUGGCAAUCUGUCCCAUCCAGAAGCCCGCACCGAAAAACAUUGCUGGCCUACAGAUGGCUUGAUGCCUGAGAGUAGCUAUUGGCAGCUCUGCCCUCCUUCCAAGCCCAGCCUGCAGGGUGUGCUGAGUUCGAGCUUUCCCCCAGGCCCUGUGCCCCAGGGUCCUUCCGACGAGCACCAACCUGAGGGGGAAGAUCUGCACCGACCCCUGCUUCCAAGCACUUCAGUGACGGACCUGUCUUUUCCCGGUGCACCCCCUCCCCCCCCGCCGCCCCCCAAACGCCACUGUCGCUCACUGUCUGUGCCAGAGGACCUGUCACGCUGCCGCUACACCUGGCGGCCCAGUGCCUCGAAGGUCUGGACACCUGUGAACCGUCGGUGCCACAGUGGAGGGGGAGCGGGGGGACCGUGUCCGCUUCGUGCCCCCAGCUCUUCUCUGAACUCGUCUCUACACUCCUCUUCCAGCCCCACGUUUUUUAGCCUUGCACUUUCCCCCGACUCCCCGCUACCAUGGAAUUUCCCCUUUGAGCCCAGUGAUUCUGCGGGAGGCAGUGCCUGUUGUUGCUUCUUUCCGUCCUCCUGUUCCUCCUCUCCAUCUCCGCUCCAUCCUCCCCCUCCUCCGCAGAGGCGCUUCUCCUUGUCCCCUGUACUCAUACGAGAGGCUGCGGCCCAAAUCCUUCCGCCACCUCCAGUUCCUCUCCAACCCACAGCCCCUCCAGUAGCCGUGCCUGCCUCCCCCUCGUCUGCGUGUAGCACCCCAGCCUCGCUGCGCCGGGCCAUUCCACCUCAGCUACCACGCUGUCACUCCCAGCCCUGUGACUUGCUUCUGCUAAAACCUGGUCUGAAGCGCAGGAGGGACCCUGACCGACCUUGUGCAAGGCCGGUGCUGGACUUUGCUAAGAUGACUCAGACUCGAGGCGCUGAUCACCUCAGUUGUCUGGAGCGUGGAAGGCUGGCCUGCGGAGGGGACGUUUGCAUGGGUCUGGAGCCUUUUCUGGGAGACUUCAGAGGGUUGUAUUCUCCAUCUGAAGGCCUUGGAAGGACAAGUAUUGGGCCACUUAGUGAAAGCGAUGAAGAGGAGGAGGAAGAGGGGGAAGACGUUGAACCUGAUCACGAAGGAGGACCACAAAGUGUUUUUGAAAGGGAUUGCACAGAACUGGACAUCUCCUUAAUUGAGGAGAAUUAAAAAAAAAAAAAAAAAAAAAAAUGAAAUUGAAACAUCUCCAACUCCCCACCCUCCAUUGCCAGCAUUCAACACUUUCUUCAAACCCCUGUGACCUCACAGGGACAGGGCUCUCAGGAACACAAACACUCAAUGACAAUGAUCUCUUGACUACUGUCAAUAAAACCAGGUAAUACAGGUAGCCAUGGAUGCUGACUCUCCAUCAUAGUACAUUCCAAAACCAAUUGCUGAGACAUUCUUUGGGUCGUGAAAAUUCAUAAUCCUGGACACACCCGAUAUUCCCUUAAUGUUUUGGAUGUCUUCUUAAUUCACCCUCAAGCUGACUUGGAUAGAAUAUGUGGAAAACAAGUCUUUGACGUCUUGCUUUCUUUCUUUUUAAAUCUUUCUUCAAGUUUUUCAGUAGUGCAGUAGAGUUUCUUGGAUGACGGUGAUGAAUUUCGGUGUUUGUUCAGUUCAAUUCAAAAGGGCAGUGUGGUAUUGCAGUUUCCUCUGCAAUCCUUUCUAUUUUCUGGUGAAAUGAGUGACCCAGCAUAAGCCUUAAAAUUCCAGUCUCUCUUUCUGUCUCUCUGGCUCUGUCUUGCUCUUAAAAUACUAUUAGGAAAUUAAUUGUGUAGCUGUUGUCCUUUUACUGUUUCUUUUCAACUGUUUUUCUUAAUAUUUCUACUCUAUAUAACUAAUUCUCUGAAAAAUAGAGAUAUGUAGAUAUUAAUAAUGAAUGCACUGUGUUAAAAAGUCUAACAACAACAAAAAAAAGUGUCAGCAACCACUGUAUUCUGAGGGCACAUUGUAAUUGUAUUGUACAGCAACCAUUUGUCUAAAACAAGUUCUGUGUAAAGAUGUUAGCUUGGAGACUGAAACAGGUCAUUACUCUCUUCUAGAUAUUAUUAUUAUUAUUAUUAUUAUUAUUAUAACUAUGUGUUAUAAGAUGGUUUGAAAUUCCAAACUCAGUUUGUGUACAAUAAAGUUAAUGGAAAUUAUUUUACAACAAACAGAUCAUGGAAGAUGUAUUAUUUAUUUGUUUAUUAUUUAAUUAAUUUAAUUUUGUGAUUAGAGGGCAGCAAAACCGUCUGUGUGUGCACCAGCACCUAAUAUGCAGGGGUUUGAGCUAUUUUCAGUGUAUUGUCAACUGGCAAAUUGAGAAAUGGGACUGGAUUAACAUGAUGAUGAUGAAUAUAAAUAGGUGGUUGUAUUUCUUUCUUUUCUUUUCGGAAUGUCAUGCAUCAGUCCAAAAUUCUGUCCGAGGGAUGUCACCCUGCAAUUAUUAUUUUAUUUACAUAUUUUUUUUUUUUUAUUAUUAUUAUUUUUUUUUUGUAAGCCCACUUUUAAGUAUAAUGUGCUCUCCCACUUAAGUUAAGGACACUUAACUGCAUUCUCUGUGUCGGCGUACAUUUUCUCUGAAGUCUUAUCUAAGAGGGUUGAUACAUGACGCUCAUCAUAACUCCGCCAACAAACUAAGAAAGUGCAUGUUCAAGAGAGUGGUGGCUUCAGUAAGAGAGUGGUUGUCAUUGCCUUGAAACAAAAAAACGUGGGAGAUGAUUCUCUCAAAAAUGAAAAAUAAACAUGUAAAAUUCUCUGAA